AUGCCUGAUCUGACAGACCGCGACCGCAAAUUCCAACUAUACUUCACCCUGCUGGCGCCCCAAUAUGCCCACUUGACCUCGAACACGACCUAUGAUCUCCUCCUGCAAGCUUUCAACGGGGCCCUCAAGCCACGACUCAAGGCCAUACUCACCUCGUCUGAUUCUGUCACUGUGCACGACAAUGCUUCAGGCCCAGGCACAGCAACCUCUGCUCUACUCACCUUCUGCCAAAACACCAACAUGCCAACACCUACCGUCCACGCCACGGAUUACACCAAAGCCAUGAUCGACGCCCUACAGAGUCAGACGCUCACUCAAGGCCCAGCCAAAGUCAACGCUCACGUGGCCGACUCUCAGGCCCUGGAGUUUGGCGACGCUACCUUCGACCUCAGCAUCGUCAACUUCAGUAUCGCAAAUUUCAACGACGCCGAGCUGGCCAUGAAAGAACUAUACAGGACGCUCAAACCCCGGGGAACAGCGAUCGUCGCGAACUGGGAGACAUUCGGCUUCGCGACCGUGCUCAACGCGGCGAUGAAAAAGGUCAGACCAAGCACAGGUCCGCUCCCCGCGGCGGGCCAGGAGUUCAUGCAGGAGGAUGUCCUCGUCACGACGCUGAUGAGCGCCGGCUUCGAGAGAGGCAAGAUCGACAUCUACCAGACGGAGAUUGUGGUGGGCGAUGCGGAAAGGUUGGCAGGGAUGAGUGACUUCAUGACGGGGCCGUAUCUUGGGCCGGUGGCUUCGACGUUGUCAGCAGACGAGAAGAAAGAGUGGCCUGCUGCAGUGGCAAAGUCGAUUGAGGAGGCCAAGGCGGCUGAUGGGGGUGUGGUCUGUAAGGCAUGGGUGCUUACUGCUUCGAAGCAGUAA